GUUCCUUCGCUAGACUGAGCAGGACGCUUUUCUUUUCUGGAAGUGCCUAAAGAAGAGCAAAGUCGAAGCAUAGGCUCGACUGGACUGAAGCGUCGCCAUGGCUUCGAUUGUACGCCAAAGCAAAUUUCGUCAUGUUUUCUGCAAACCGGUGAAGCAUGAGCAGUGUAUGUCGGAUAUACGAGUAAGCGAAGUCACAUGGGAUUCGUUGUUCUGCUCAGUCAAUCCAAAAUUUGUUGCCUUUAUCACCAAAGGUGCCGGUGGUCCGUUUAUGGUCAUACCCGUCAACAAGGUUGGCCGGAUCGACAAAGAUUAUCCAUUUGUUGAUGCUCAUAAAGGUGCUUGUCUGGAAGUUGCAUGGAGCCCAUUCAAUGACAAUGUGAUCGCCUCCUGUUCUGAGGACACCACAUGCAAGGUCUGGCUGAUUCCCGACAAAGGUCUCAUAAGAACACUUUCUGAGCCGGUCGUUGAGCUCAGUGGACAUCAGAAAAGAGUAAACACUCUGGCAUGGCAUCCUGUCGCCAGUAAUCUAUUGCUCACUGCUGGCGGUGAAAACAAGCUACUCUUGUGGAAUGUUGGCACUGGAGAAGCACUUCUUGAAAUUGCUGGGCAUCCUGAUCAAAUCUUUUGCAUCGGGUUCAACUACGAUGGUUCGCAGUUCGUCACCACCUGUAAGGACAAAAAGAUCCGAAUUCUGGACACUCGCAGCGGCGAAGUGCUACAUGAAGGCAUGGGCCACGAGGGUGUGAAACCACAGCGUGCAAUUUUUAUACGUGAUGGAAGAGUCCUCACUACAGGGUUUACUAAAAGAUCUGAGCGUCUGUAUGCAUUAAGAGCACCUGAUAAUUUGUCGCAACCCAUCAUCGAAGAAGAAUUAGACACAUCAAACGGAGUGCUUUUCCCUUUUUAUGACGAGGAUACGAAUCUGGUGUAUUUAUGCGGAAAGGGUGAUUGUGCGAUCCGAUACUAUGAAGUUAACAUGGAAUACCCGUAUGUUCAUUACAUCAAUACCUACACUACUAGCGAGCCACAAAGAGCUGCUGGUUUCCAAAGCAAACGAGGAGUGUGCUCUGAAGAAAAUGAAAUCAACAGAAUAUACAAACUUACAACAAAGGGAGUCGUGGACGUGCUUCAAUUCUUUGUGCCGCGGAAGUCCGAUCUCUUCCAGCAUGAUCUAUACCCAGACACACGCUCUACUGUUCCUGCCCUCACAGCUGAAGAAUUCAUGGAAGGGAAGAAUGCUAUGCCAAAUUUACAGCCUGUAAAUGCUGCGGCCGCACAGGCUAAACCUAAACUUCAGGUUGCGAAGAAAGCCAACAUACUUAAUCAACUUACACCCACAGCAGCAGAGGCAGCGUCACCCAGGUCAUAUUCAGAACAGUCAUCUCCGCAAGUAUCUGCACCGCCAUCACCGCGACCACAGCAGCAAAGACGACCAGUCAUUGACGAAGACAUGGGAAUAGUUCCCAUGAGUGCAGGUCAACAGCGUCCUCCAUCAUCACAACAACACUACCCGGAACGGCUAAGUCCCGAAAGACCACCGUCUCAAAUAACACCAAGACAACAAGUCAAUCUUCGCUCCCGUGCUGAAAGAGAUGAUGGAGGUUCACAAACCGCUGGACAACGAAGAGCAGCUGCCGAGUUAGAAAGGAUCAAAAGAGAUCAGGCACGCACGGCUCCAGAAGAAGACUAUAUGCCUCCACAGCGAUCUCCUCCGCAGCGGAAUGCUAAUACGACGCCAUCCCCACGUAUGAGCGUCAGCAGUACGGAUGGUCCGACAAGUAUGGAAGAGCUGUUGUCGGACUUUGCUAAAAUGAAGGCAGUAAUGCGACAGCAUGAGAGAAGAAUCCGCAUUUUAGAAGAGGAAAUAGCGGAGAGAAAUAUGAGCAAUGCAUACUCGUUCUAGCGUCGUUGCUGGCCUGAUAUUCAGUCCUUAUGAUGAGUGUUCUUACACUGCAGUGAAGCUAAUAUGGAUGCUCAAAUUUUAUAAGCAGAGGUGCUAUUAUGUACAGUUUCAAGCAGUUACAUGCUGAAUUAAUGGAGUUUGUGAAUAGAUAAAUCGUUGAAUAAGUUUACUGACAUGGAAUAAAUA